CAUUGUUAUUUCAUGACGGAAUUGUUUGGAUUAAUUAUCCUUCCGAGCUCGACCACAGGUGUGUCUCGGCCCAAAUAACGGACAGAGAAACCCCAUGACAGACAGUAUCGCUAAGUGAAGGCAACGAGACGUGGUUCCCCGAGCAGGCGUAAGGCGCCAAGAUGACCGAGGACUUCGGGGGAGUGACGAUGAGUGACGAAGACAGCGAAGAGGACACGCAACUCCACCCCUAUCAGUGCAGGCAGCCCACGGAAUUACAGGGAACUGUAUCAAAAUGGACCAAUUACAUCCAUGGCUGGCAAAACCGUUACAUGGUUUUGAAGGAAGGAACAAUGAGCUAUUACAAAAACCAAGAUGAGACUGCAUUUGGAUGCCGUGGCUCUAUAAGUGUCCAGAGAGCCCAUGUGAAGCCUCAUGAGAUUGAUGAAUGCCGCUUUGAUAUUUGUUUAAAUGAUUGUGUGUGGUAUCUUCGCACUGGAACAGAAGAAGAGAAGCACCAAUGGGUUGAUGCAAUAGAGCAGCAUAAGCUGGAAACCAAUGGACUGCGGCGCCAUGGCAGUGCUGUGUCCUUGACCUCCAACACCCUCUCUACAACCUCUGGUUCGUCUUUCAAACGCUCAAAAGGACUAAAAGAGAAAUUGGCAGAAAUUGACACGUAUCGAGAUAUUCUUAUACGGCAGAUGGAAACACUUCAAUCUUACUUUGAUGCCUGUGCUGAGACUUAUAAAGACAUUAAGAAUAGUGAAGCGACUUGUAAUGGCCAUGAGGGAGACCAAGAAGGUGUUGUGGAGGCAGCAUUAAUGGCCGAGUGCAGUGUUGGCGACUCCCCUAAAGUAGGAAAUAGACGGUUUUCUCCUGACCGUUCCCCUCAUCCUCAUAUUACCAGAGAAAUCUUAGAGAAGCAUGGUUCCUAUGCUCUGGAUUUCCGUGGAGAAGCACUUACAUUUAAGGCAACAACUGCAGGGAUCCUAACCACAUUAAGUCAUUGUGUGGAGGUCAUGAACCAAAGAGAAGAGUCCUUUAAGAGGCGACUCGAACGUGAAGCGGAGAAAAGAAAGCGACUUGAGGAAAAAUUAAAACACGCUCUUGCGCACAGCACACAGGAGACACAGCCUAGUAGAAGAGUGGUAGUUAUGGGUGGACCAGACUAUGAGGAAGGACCUCAUAGUGUCAUAGGAGAGGAUGAAUUCUUUGAUGCAGUUGAGUCAGCGCUGGACAAAAUGGAUGAGGAGGAGGAAUUCCGUGAACGUCUGCGCCAGAAGCAACUAGCAGCGCCUCAGAAAUCUGCAACUACACAUCCUCUCUGGCCACAGAUUGAAAAGCUGACGAUAGAGCAACUUGGCUAUGCACAACAAGAUGUGGAAGGGGGUGUUUGGCAAUUAUUUGCUGAAGAAGGUGAAAUGAAAAUGUACCGCAGAGAGCUUGAGGAAGAUGGCUUGGUGGUUGACCCUCUGAAGGCAGUUCACCAAGUCAGAGGUGCUACUGCCCAUGAAAUGGUCCAUCACUUCUGGUCACCAGAUGUUAGAUUUGAGUGGGAUACAAGCAUAGAGCAGAUGACAGUCUUAGACAGGAUAUCUGCGGACACACUCAUAUUCCUGCAGCUUCACAAGAGAGUCUGGCCGACUGCUCAACGUGAUGCCCUGUUCUGGUCACACAUACGGGAGAUAUCAUCCUCUGACCCAGCCAAUGGCAAAGCCCAUGACACUUGGAUAGUCUGCAAUCAGUCUGCUGAACAUCCUGAUGCUCCAAAUGAUGGGAAAUAUGUCCGAAUAGACUUGACAGUAUGUUUUGUGUGCCAAACAUUUAUUGACCCUCCACCAGCUGAGGGACAACCUAUAACACGAGACAAUCUGUUGGUUAAAAUAACUUACUGCUCAGUAGUUAAUCCUGGAGGAUGGGCUCCAGCUUCAGUUCUAAGAGCAGUGUACAAACGUGAGUAUCCAAAGUUCCUGAAGAGGUUUACUCAGUAUGUAGUGGACAAGUGUGCGGACCAGCCCAUUGCCUUCUCGGGGUUGAAGAUCAAGGACCACAGCAAACACUGGAGGGGUUGAUGGAAUCCUACUUGGUGGGAGUAAAAGCCAUUGUUAAAGAAGAGUUUAAAUGGAUAUUGUGUAAAUGUAAUAUGGUUUUGAAUGGCAUGAUGAUAGCACAAACAGUAGCCAUCAACUGGGCAGACAUUCCUCGAUUUAUGGAGUUCUUAGGUUCCUGAAGCUAGUACAUAAGCCAAAAAUAAUUUAAGACAACUGAAAAGUAAAUGUUACAUAAAAAAAACAUGUGUGCACACACACACACAUUAAUGCACACACAUCACACACAAGCAAGCACAUGCACAUGCACGAAUGCAUGCAUGCACCCACCCACAUAUGUGCACACUCGCACAAUUACCCCUCCCCCUCCCCACACACAUACACAUGAAGAUAUAUAUUAAAAACUCCUUUGAGGUAUUGUCAGUGAACAUUUACUGUUCCUACUAUAAUAUCAAGUGAAAGAUCUAUGUGUUACAGUGUCACAGUGUGGGUAAGGUUGUAAAGUUAUGUUGAAGCCAACCUGGUAUCUUUCCUUUGGCUGAUAAAGAGCAACACAUCAUGAUAGCAGUUGUACUAGAGUGUCUGAGAGGGCCAGUUUCUUACUGUCGUCACUUCUACGCACAAUUCAAGAGCCAAAGCACUUACCGAAUUUGAUUGACAACAUGGUGUUUUAACAUUAGAUUGUAAGCCAGUCAUUUAUUUUGAAAGCCAAGGAGUGUCUGCAUUUGUCUAUUUUAUUAGGAUUUUAUGAAGGAAAGGAUACAAGGCAUAUUGAUAUUAUAAAUUUGAUAUAUGAAAUUGCUUUGUAAGAUCAGAAACUACCAGUGAAUAAAACCAAAAUAAGAACAGUUUAUGCAGAUAAAAGCUGUAAUAUCUCAGGUUCAUUGAUAAUUAUUUUUGUUUUGCAUUUUGGUCAGUCAGUGCACUUUGAUCAAAAACAAGAAGUGAAAAUAAGGAGUAAUGGUUCAGAAGAUGCAUAAAUGUUAAACUUAGUGGAUGUCUGUCAAGAAUGAAAGGUACUUUGUAUUUGUGACUUAUCCCCACUCCAAAUACUGGAGAAGCAGAUGGAGAUGAUUUUACAUUCUAGAUGCCCCUUUUAUGCCUUGAAAUUAAGGAAUAGGUUGAUUAUGUUCUUAUGGAGGCUGUCUUAUUAUACUGAUGUUUAAUGCCAUGAUAUGUAGUUAAGGCUGAAUUGGUGUAAGUUCGAACAUUGUAAAUUGAAUAAUCAUGAAAAAUGUUUGAACCUUCUUUUGAAUGGAGAAUUCAAAAUUAUAUAGUUAACCCCUUGGCCUUGGAUAAGUUCAGCAGUUGAGAGAGCCAAGGCUAUGUCAUGGAAGGAUAGGGCUUUUGGUCUUGUUGUUUAACCCUUUACGGAUGGAUCACGUGUACAAGCAUCAUAACAUACCACUUGGUCUGCAGGAUAUGGCUGUACACACAGCAAACAUGCCGAGUGGGAAGUUCUGCUACUUGUAGCUGACUCCCACACCCAGUGUCUGGACAUUGCCAGAAAUCACCAGUUUAUUUCUGAUACCUGUUGGCAUUAGGUUAAAUAUGGUGUGCUGUGGCAUGUGUGCCUACUUCCUGUCCUCCCCACACACAACUACCCAUGUGUA